AUUCUCACAUUUUAUUCAGUCUCAGUGCGUACGCGCCGCGGCCGGUUGUGUUAUUAAUAAAAUCAAAAUGGCGGCCCGCGUCAGCCGGUCUUUCCUCACAACAAGCAGGUCUUACAGCUCGAAAAGUGACAAAAAUGUGGCUUUCCUUGGCCUUGGAAACAUGGGGGGAUUUAUGGCGGCAAAUCUCGUGAAAAAGGGUUUCAAUGUCCGCGGCUACGAUCCAUCAAAAGAAGCGCUGAAUUCAGCAGCUAAGAACGGAGUAUCAAGCGCCAGUUCGAUCGCUGCAGCGGUUGACGGGGUCGAUGUUGUGGUGUCCAUCCUGCCCAGUAAUAAGGUCGUGCUUGACGCGUAUCUGGGAAAAGAUGGUGUUGUUGAUCAUGUGCCCAAAGGAUCUCUUCUCAUUGACUCCAGUACAGUGGACCCCAACGUGCCCAAACAGAUAUUCCCUGUUGCGAUUGAGAAAGGGAAGGGCUUUAUCGAUGCUCCGGUUUCAGGAGGUGUAAUGGGCGCUCAAAACGCGACCCUCGCCUUCAUGGCGGGCGGCAGGAAGCAGGACUUCGACAGAUCCCUACCUCUGCUAGAAGCGAUGGGAGCAAAGCAGUUCCACUGUGGAGAUAUCGGUUCUGGUCAAGUGGCCAAAUUGGCCAAUAACAUGCUCAUGGGCAUUACUGGCAUGGCCACUGCUGAGUGCAUGAAUAUGGGCAUUAAAAUGGGUUUAGACCCAAAAGUGCUGUUAGAUGUGCUAAACAAUUCGUCAGCUCGCUCCUGGUCUACAGAGGUGUACUGUCCCGUUCCCGGACUCGUUCCAACUGCGCCUUCUAGCAGGAACUAUGAUGGUGGCUUCAAGAAUGAAUUAAUGGUUAAGGACUUAGAGCUAGCAAGUGGCAUGGCGCUCGGCAUCCGCUCGCCCAUUCCCCUGGGUGCUGUCGCAACUCAACUAUACCGCAUUGUGCAAUCUCGUGGCUACGGGGAAAAAGACUUUUCCUAUGUAUACCAGUUGCUUAAAGAAGAGACCAAGAAGUAGAAUAAUAAAUUGUUGACUGUU